AUGCAUCCGGAGAAACAGAUGCCUAUCUCUACACCCGCUCUACACCUGACUCUAUGCAAACCAGUUCAGAUAUUCGGUGGUCGAUACUUCUACGCAGCCUCACGGAAGGCGAUAAAACACGGAAAUGCAAAUGUAGACGUGCUGAUUGUUCUUGCCACAACCAGCGCCUACACCUAUUCUAUCGUCGUCUUGCUCCUGGCUCUUGUCUUCAAAUGGCGCUUCUCUCCGAUGACAUUCUUCGAUGAUCCGUCCAUGAUGAUAGUAUUCAUUUCAUUCGGAUGUUGGAGCACAAAGCGGAGGGAAAGACUUCGGAAGCAUUCAAACCUUUAA